CGGAGCUAUGAACUGACGCGAAGAGGGAAAAAAUCGCGCGGCUGUGAACAUUCUACGCGUUUUGUAGUUACUAGAAACUCUAGUAAAAUGUCAACAUGAAGUCCCAAAACUCGCUCAUGAUCAAUAGUAAUCUUGGUGUCAAUGACACUAGUAAUUCUUCUGCAGGCGAUCUGGACAAUGAUUCCGACUUUUUCAGACUAUUCGAUCUUGACGAUGCUGACAAUCGAGGGAUGAACGGGCAACUUGAAAGUAAGAGUGACCAUGUUGAUCAACCAACAGUAAAACAAAAUCAGUUUCAGGAACAAAAUUCGUCUAUUGAAUUAGACUCACAAGAUCAAAAUCAUCCUUUAGAAGCUGUAAUUGUACUAGAUGACAAUAAGAGCAAUGCUAAAACCAACGGACAAGAGGUAGCUCCCUCUGAUACGAAUGAAUUUAUAGAAAGUAUGAAGACCCUUGAAAUAGACAAUGAUGAGACACACUAUCGUCCUGGUAUCACUUUACGAAAAAGAAAGGAUAUUCAGCUUCACCCGUUUACUAUUGAAAAGAACAAGUUUAAAAGCUUGUUAAAAGGGUCAUCUAUCACAAGGGUUGUAUCGUCCGUUGAGCCAACAAUUACGGAAGAUCAGUCAGAUACAGAAUUCGUGCCAGAUGCUCGAGAAGAAGAAGAUCCAUCUCUACCCAUUGACUGUACACAAAGUGCACUGGAUGAUGACAGCCAGCCAAAAGAGGCGAUGCGUAUUGACUCAUGCAGCCCCAGAAGCAUUCCGCUUGAGGCUGAAAAAAGGAAAAAGAAAAUAGUAACUUACAGCAAAAAGAGAAAGACGAAGGCUACAUCAAGUUCUCACAGAGAGAAGCUCAAGGAAAAAAUAUUUGAAGCAAAGCGAUUGGAAGAGGAGCUUGGACCGUUUGUUGAUAUUUUGGAACAUAAGCCUAUGUCACAUAAUCAACAAAAGAAUCCAUCACAGUCAACCCUGUCUUCCUCUCUUGACUUUUUAAAAAAUCACGAUAACAGUGAUGCUGAGCUUAUGUUGGUAGAUGAUAACGAAGAUGAGCAACCUGUCUUUCUUCAUCGCAGAAGAUUACGUAGAAGAAUAGAAUCUGAUGACGAUGAUGAUAACGACGAGGAGGAGCAGUUGCAGCAAGGCGAUCAUGAUUCCAUUUUCGAUUUCCCUGAAAGCGUGGAAUCUUUGACCGGAGGCUAUACUUCAAGAAAGAUCAUACCAGCAGAAAAAAAUGAGAAUGACGUUGUGCCCGUAGUAGAUGAUGAAUUUGAGUAUAGACCUGCGAAGCGAAGGCGUGUAAAGGUAGCUGACCUGCGCAAGAACAAGAAUAUUCUUAAAGGCGUUUUACCAGCUUCAUUUUUAAAAGUAUAUGAAAGAGAGUUGAAUGAAGAAGAGAAUCAGUCGACAUCAAGAACCGCCAGACACUCAACCCUAAGAAAGAGGAAAUCUGAUAAUAACAAAAAUACAUCUACUUUAGAUCAGCCAUUUGACGCUUUCCUAGGCUCACAAUCUGAAUUUAAUGAGGAUAGAUCAAGCGAGCAGUAUGAUUCAUCUAGAUAUGCAUCUAGCACAAGACAAAUUCAUGAAAAAAUGCACAGCAAGUCUCAGAGUAGUCGAUCCAUUCAUAUGACUAGAAUUGACGAAUUUUUCAACCAUGAUACCGAAGCUAUUGAAGACAAUCGAAUACCCCAUCGACAAUCCACCGCACAGGUUCGAAAGACAAACCAGGUCUCGACUCAGCGACCAGCAUCAAAGGCAAAGAAGAGGAGAAAGCGGCCAAGAAGAACUAUGGACGAUAUAUAUAUUCACCCACAGCCAAAAGCUCGAACCCAUCUUUCACAGCAUCGACCUUUUCAACAAACAUUAGAUGAUAUGUCGAUAUCUUCUAAGCGAGCAUACAAUGAUGGCCAUUUUACUGUUCAGCGCCCUUCGGUUGAAUGGGUUCGUAAUGUUGCAGAAUAUCUGCGCUCGACAAAGAACGCAGCUAGCUUAAGACCGAUCCCAAAAUAUACCCUAUCAUUAGAAGAAGUUGUAGAGAAAAUACAACGCGUCUUUGACCCAGAUCUUCGAUGCUCGGUCCGACUAAAGAAUCCAGUCUAUCUUCAUCACCGUCUUCUGCAACCACUCUUGUCUACUCGACCCAAUUCAAAAAGAGCAUACGCUCAUUUAAAAUCCUCAUUUGAAAGUCCUGUCAUAUUUCAUAGACGUAUAUUCUGGACAGAUAUUGGACCUGAUAGAAAAGAAUUGAUACAAAGCUUAUUCAAGUAUGCCAGUAAGCAGAUAGCUGAUAGCUGCAGUCGUACAUAUGGAAUGUUUUUUGAUACAGAGUCAGAUGAGAUUCCUGACCUUGAUAUGUUUUGUGUAUUUGUAUCAAUCUAUCUCACUCAAUGGCUUCCCUUACAAGAACCAAUACAUGCUACUAUCAUGACUCAAGUCUUUGGUGAAGAGAUUCGAGCUAUGGCCAACUAUAUCUGCCAUAUAGUAAAAUCUGUUUCUCAUACUAUCCCCUCAUGGAAACUGAUUGUCAAAACCAUGAUAUUCAUUCUUGAUUGGUCAUGUAGACUUCAUCUUAUUGGAAUCAAUGAAUCCGAAUGGUCUGUAUCAGAGUGUACUCAGAUGCUUAUUGAUGUCCUUGUGAUGAUUGGUCAUGAAUGUAUUACUUCACAAGAAAAGAGUUUCGUGAUUGAAGCAUGGAUUUGCCUGCUUCAAAUAAUGACAGUCUCUUCAAGUCAAGGCGGAUAUUACUUUUCUGGUGAAACAUUCAUGAGUCAACUCAAGAGCGCUAUUGGUAAACAAAGAGGACAAACCAGUAGCUGGAUUGUAUCUGAAACUGAUCUUCAAAAGGAGACCUGGUGGACGAAUGCAUUGACUUGCAUACUAGAAAAAUACAUGAGUUAACUGUACAUUAUUUCUUGCUUUCAAAGUCAUUCUUGUGCACACAACAAAAAUAGAAAGAAUCGAAUAAAUAGUAAAUUCCUUUUUGUUUCACAAUUUGAAUAUCAUCGCCUUGUCUGAUAACCGUUAGAAGAUGAGAUUGUCACUAACAGUGUCUUGCAUACUGAACAAAGAAUCCUUCAGCAUUUUGCGUAUUUUCCCCAUUUUGUGAAAAAAGAAUAUGCUCAUCUUCUCUACUGCGUAAUUUGCAUGAAUGAUGCUCUCUGAGCAUUAGCUAUUAUAUCAGUUUCCAUUUAUGGAAAAUAUCCCCUUUUUCUUUUUCUAGUGUAUUAAAGAUACUUUGUACCUUUCUCCC